CACAAACACGCACACACAUACAAUGUUGCAAAGUCUUAGAGGUCAGCUUAAUACCUGAGACGGUUCAAAGGCUGUUUGCGGUUUUCGCUGCUUUAACUGUUCGGCCGCCUUACCGUUCCUGUGUUCUGCUUUGCCAUACGGCCGUCCUAGUGUUCCUCUGGUUCUUGCAGUCCUUCUGCAUGGUUUCUAAUUUUCAGUCAGUUUGCAACCCUCGUUGCUGGGCCGAGACCUUUGUUAGUAUCGACAUGCCAAACCUCAGCAGCCUGGGCAAGAUCUGUGGCUCCAGCCGGGGCGAGGAUAUGGUGGUGAUGGACAGGGCAAAGCGCAAGAAUUCGGUUAGGCGCAUGUCGAUCAUUGAGGAUGGUCAGAUUGCUGAGGUUCUCUACCUGAUUCCGAAACAAUCGAUGAUGGAGCAGCUUCCCUUCCUAAACCCCAACGACUAUAUCCUGUGUGAGCGGAUGGUAGGCAUGCCGGCAGACAUGGGAUCAAUUGGACCAGUGGGCCAUGUUCAGGACCCUGCAGAGAAGCUGUGGAUCCAAUGCUACAAAUGUGGGGAGCCAUGCAAGGGAGAGGUGCUGCGGGUCCAGUCCAAGCACUUCCACAUCAAGUGCUUUACCUGCAAGGUGUGCGGGUGCGACUUGGCUCAGGGAGGUUUCUUCAUGAAGAACGGGGACUACCUGUGCACGUUGGACUACCAGCGGCUCCAUGGCACAUGCUGCAAUGGCUGUGGGAGCUUUGUAGAGGGAGAGGUGGUCACUGCUCUCGGCAAGACGUACCAUCCGGCCUGUUUCGUCUGCACAAUCUGCAAACGACCAUUUCCUACUGGAGAUCGUGUCACCUUUAAUGGGAAAGACUGUCUCUGUCAACACUGCAUCCACCCUAUGUCCCCUACCCCCAAAGACAUCAGCAGCUCCAGCAACUGUGCAGGCUGUGGUAGGGACAUUAAGAAUGGCCAGGCCCUAUUGGCUCUGGAAAGACAGUGGCACCUUGGCUGCUUCAAGUGCAAGGCCUGUGGCAAUGUGCUGAGCGGGGAGUACAUCAGCAAGGAUGGCACCCCCUAUUGCGAGAAAGACUACCAGAUCCACUUUGGGGUCCAGUGUGAGGCCUGCAAUCAGUUCAUCACAGGGAAGGUUCUGGAAGCAGGUGACAAGCAUUACCAUCCCAGUUGUGCAAGGUGCAGCAGAUGCAACCACAUGUUCACAGAAGGAGAGGAAAUGUACCUGCAAGGAUCUACAGUAUGGCAUCCAGACUGUAAGAACAAUAGCAGAGCUGAAGAGAAAUACAGGCCUACCAGGUCCUCAUCUGAGAGUAUCUGCUCAAGACCUGGCUCCAGCAUCUCAGGGUCCCCUGGUCACACAUUCUAUUUUUAUGCCCAGCAGGAGAACUACAGAGGGAGGUGGCACACGAGAUUCAACCAGGAGACUGGAUCUGGGUCCAAUAACUAAAGAAAAAAAACUGGAAGCAGCCUCAGUGGGAGGGACCAUUCCAAGUACUACUGGUGACUGCCUUCGCUGUGAGAUUAGCCGAAAGAGCUACCUGGGUACAUAUCACACAUUGUAAGAGGGUGAGUCACACUAGCAAUGUCGGACAAUCACAGGAGUAGGAGAGGAACCGUGACCCAUAUGGAACGGGGGUCAAACUCCUUCUGAAGAUUCCCUAUACCCGACCUUUCCCCAGCUGUGAGCGUUCAUAGAAGUGAAGUGAUGGCUUGGCCUCUGGCUGUUGAUAUGUUCUCGGGGAGAGGGUGGGGCUUCACAGGCGCACUGACCGUCCUGAGCUGUUUUAUUGUGGGGGCCAUAUUCCUGAUUCACCAUGAUCCCCCGGAGAGUGCCAAAGAGGAUAAUUUGACUCAUGUGCUAGAUGAGGGAAAUGGGAUGUUACCUAAGAUUCUCAAAAGGUCACUGAAACAAAAUAGUAAGGAAGUGAGGGUGGAAUUGGGCAAGGAUCUCUCAGUAGAAUUUUGAGUAGACCAAUUGGGGUCAUUCACCCCUUGGCAGUCUAGAACCAUGGGACUCUAUGGGAAGUAUUUGUGUAAAUCACUGUGUAAGCCGUGGAGCCAAGUCAUAGCUCACACUGAAAGGGAUGGCUACGUAAACCCAUACACUCAAUUUGGGACCAGGUGGAGUAUAGUAAGGGUUGGCGUUUUGGACUGUGUUCCCGAACAGAGGAAGUAUUGUAUAAAGGUGCGAAUUAACAUUAAGGCGGUCAAUACUCAGGAUCUCGGGUUAUGGUAUGUGGGCUUCAACCAGUUUUCAACUGAUACUAUGGUACCGUUCCAGGUGGCAGAAGUUAGAGUCGAUAAGGAGAAAAUGAUUGGCCGAAGUUCAACCAAUCCCUCUAAAACAACGGCUAUUCCUAGUGUAAUCAUCCAGGGUAAAGGAAUAUUACCACUGACGAGACCAUGUCUGAUUUGAUAGGCUGGUUGAACUCUGGGGAUUUCAAUAUGUUGAAGUGGGCCAGGGCGACAUCUGGUGGUUGUGCGGGGGAAUGAGUUUGUGGCCAGUAUUGCCGACUGAUUGGACUGGACUAUGUGCCUUAGUACAUUUAGGAAUGCCUUUUACACUCAUACAACACCAAGACAUGAAGUUAGACAAACGAGAGAGAAGAGAAGCUCCAUCUGGGUCUUUUGACGACAGAGUAUAUAUGGAUAACAUUGGGGUUCCACUAGGUGCGCCGGAUGAGUUCAAGGCAAGAAAUCAGAUAUUAGCAGGAUUGGAGUCAAGCAUUUUCUGAUAGUCUACUCUCAAAUAAGAAUGUAGACUGGAUUAAUUAUAGUUACCAGAAGUGUUAUUAAAGGUUUUGUAGAACAGACUGAAGCAACCAGCUGGAAGACCUGACAGAAUAGAAUUGCAUUAGAUAAAAGGGGGAAGUGGGCGUGGUAAUCGGGACUAUGUCUUACAUCCCGGGGUGGCACAGCUCCGGACGAAUCAGUGCCUGAAGCCUCAGCUGGUUUGACCACCCUGGCUCACGGGUUGGCAGAAAACUCUGGGGUGAAUACUUCCCUGACUAAUUGGUUUGAUAGUACGUUUGGAAAAUGGAAAAAUGUUAUAAUCACUGUGUUAUGGGCGGCAUCCACCAUGCAUGACUGUUUUAAAUUUAUGCGGCUGUUGUCUAAUUCCCUGUGUGCAAGGCCUUGUUUCCAGGACUCUGGAGAGAUCAAUGACAGAUGGGGCGUUAUGGGCUGAUUCCAGGUUCUGACCUGUGGAGGACUGAAGGCAUGUCUACAGAGGAAGUGGACGAAUCUGAAUCUGUCAUUUGUGGGGAAUUUAUGUUUGAUGAGAAUAGUGUUGAGAUGAAGGGGAAUUAGAUUGUAAUUUGUUUCAAUGAUUAAACUGUUUUUUAAUAAAGAUUGUAAAAAGAAAAAAAUCCUGAAAGAGGAGUUAUGAUUCUGAUGUAGGUUUAAAAACAGUUGGAGUUAAGGUUAGAUUUGAUUGAUGAUGGGUGAAGAGUCGGGUAAACAUUUAUAAUAAGAUUUUUAUUUUGUAGAUUUGAAUGUAUAAUAUUUGAUCAAAGGGAGGAUUGAUAGAGGAAAAUAUGGUUGGAAUGACUAAUUAUGUAUACAUUCCAAUCAGAAACUGACUAGUCCAAAUGCUAUAAUGUACUGU